AUUUGGUCGAAGCUAAGGUGGUUGAACCUCGUACACGCCAUGCACCUGUCUCUAGGGGGUACUGGUUACGAUAUGUUGCCAACGUUCCGUGGCCGAGUGCCACUCAGCAGCCUGAAUAGUUAAACAGGACAUGUUCUGAAUGCUAUCGUGCUCGCAGUUUGUCGUCGGCGUCGUCGGACAUGGGAAAGCGCUGACAGCAUUGCCAUCUGUAGAUAGACAUUCGACCCUCAUACUUUGUAUCGUUUCGCCGUACGUGCCUUCUCACGCUACAGUCUGCGCAGAACCAUGACGACAUGUUGGUUAGCAUUGGGUGUGUCGUUGCGUUUCCUGAUGGCAGUGCCCGCGAACGCUUUAAAGCUGCCAGCGACCGAUGACCCCCUUCAACAGCUAUGGCCGAACUCUGACCAAGAGCAGCAACACAAACAUGCAAUCCUGAAGUGGCAGAAGAGGGAAAUUGCAAAGCAUGGGGCCCGCAAGGGGUCGAUUUGCUAUGACGGUUGUUGUGGGCUUGGACAUCGGAACCAUCGCACCCUAGGUCAGGCGAUCCACGCCUGGGUGCAUGGACAACCCUUGACUGUUCAGUGGCCAUCAUGUAAUGGGGUGAACUCAUGGGCAUUGGUGCAAAAUGAGCAAGUCAUGCGUGAGAAAUUUAAGGAUUGGAUUGGUCCAGGGGAUCAUUCCCACGAGUGCGCGAUCAACGCUUCGAACGAGCCAUACUACGACCCAGAGCAAUCACGAGACUCGGGCUUGCAUGCAGAACUCAUGCGCUUUUACAGAGGUCCCGAGCAUGAGCGACUGCAGCACCCAGUUACAAAAUGGUACUACGCUAUGCAGAUGAUCGGUUUCAACUUUUCCCCUCUGGGCAGCAUUGCUGCGCGUUUUCUUCGGAAGGAUUUUCAUGGCCACGGGGCCGCUGUGAUUGGCGUGCAUCUGCGGCUGGGAAACGGAGAAAAGGCUGCCGUCCAGGACGAUAGGCUUCCCAAUAUUUCCAGGCAUGAAGUUUUCAGGUACGUGUCUCAGACAGCUGAUCGGAUCGCAACGGAGAUGCUCGAAGUCAGCCCGAAGAAAGUUCGAAUUUUUGUUGCAUCUGACACGCAUUCUGCAUUGGAGGAGUUCCACAAAUUUGAUUCGCGCGUGUUCUUUUUCACUGGCGGGAAUUGGCUCCAGGAUAACCAGGGUGUCCCCAUCGGCCAUUCUGAUGAUGAGGCAUGCGCUGACCUUGAACACACGGUGAUGUUGGAAGCAGUGCUGAUGGGAUAUGCCGAUGUGUUGUUGACGCCCCAGUGGUCCGAACUUACUGCAAUAUCAAAGCACCUCGCGCUGAGCCGUGGUGGACAGUGGUGCGAGAACCAGCAGUGGACGGGCAUGAGCGGCAACAUACCAGACCCUGCUAACGGAGAUAUUGACGUCACCGCCGUUCGUGUUCAGGAGAGCCAGGAAGAUCAGGGCGCAGCCAACGCAAUGCACGAAUGGGAGGCGAUCUUGAAUGGCUGUCCCGCGGAGCAUUGCACUGCAGGCUACAAGUGUUAUUCAAUCAACCAUGGGCUUCAGUCUCGCGUGCUUACUGUGCAAUGAUUUUCCAUUCGGUAGUUUCGAUGGCACCUGCGGCGCUGCUUCUUUUGAUGCUCCACAAGGCGACGUUUAUGGGUGCCGAAUGGCCGCGUGCAAAGGCAUAGUUCCUCAGCAUGUGCACUCGGCAUUCCAGGCUAAGACUGAUCAGCCUGGAGAGUCAGCGCCUUACUUCUGUUCUGGCGUUAGCCAUGAAAACAACGUCCUGCCUGCCAUGAUCACGAGUCUCUCUCUUUCUCUUUCUCUUUCUCUUCAUCUCUCUCCUUCUCUCUCUCUCUCUCCC